ACACUUUGAACAUUUUGGGGUCAAAAGAAUAGCAUCUUAGUAUAAAAAUUCUGAUGUGAUUAGUUUUCAUAUAAGCUUUAAGGGAAGUGGGAUGAGAAUCAAGCCCAACUAAACUUAUGUGAUGAUCCAUUUUUGUUGUGCAGGAUAUAAAAGAGAGAGGAACAGUAAAGUUGGGGGAUUCAUUCCAUUUUUGCUGUGUUCUAACAGAAAAGGAGAGAGGAGAGAGGCGGAGAGCCGAAGAAGAUCUCUUCUCCAGAAAAUAGUUUCGCACUAUUUUCUUCCAGCGAGAGUGUGUGCGCAACCCAGCCAUUCAAGAAAACCAGAAGGAGCUUCAUCUGCACUAAUCAGGAUCACAAGAAGGAGAAGAGAACAGACUACACUCAAUCCAGCCUUUGCAGAGGAAAAUCAAAGGAUUUCAAGGUUAUUAAGCUCGAAUUCCCUAGAAAUUAGUCCUUUAGGUUUUGAAUCUGAGAUUGGUUGUGUUUUUGAGCUGGCUCCUCCUAUUAUGACUCAUUUGUCGAUGGGGGCUGGAUCAGAUCGAAAGAAGAAGAUGAUGAAUGAGCAUGGAAAUUAAAUGUUCAAUUAAGUUAAUCGCCACUUGAAGUGUGAUCUUCUCAUACACUCAUGUAUCAUUGGUGCUUUUAUAUGGCUCAAGAUGAUGGUAUCUCUAAAACUUUGGCUUCAUUGGCUGACAUGGAAUUACGCUUCACAGACAACCAGCAAUCAACCACUAAGUCGUUGUUAUGCGAUUCGACUGCCCCAGAUCAUGAUCCUCUAUCCACUGGUGAUUCAUCUCAACCUUGUAAAGAGGCAGUUCUCGCAGUAGAUAUCCCCAGCCUUGAUAGUCUCGUAGGUGCUUCAAAUCUACAUUCCCUACGUGUUAAUGGGAGCAUUGUUUCAUCAUGUGCAGUUAAAGCCAGUUUUGAAGCAUUUCUAGAUGACCUACCCCCAUAGGUGCUUGCGAUUUUGUUGUAAUUCAACACAUCUUCGCCCAAUCCAUAAUGUAAUACCCUAAUCCGUCCAGGAUUCGGCAAUAUGUGUAUGUAGUGGGAGCUGAUAGGACCGAUACAAGUCAGAGGUAGAUUUAACUAU